AUGAUACAGCUUUUCAAAUCUCCGAUCAUCAUGUUACAAGAAACCAAGAUGAUGCAGUGUACUCAAUUCGAUAUAAAGCAAAUAUGUGGUUAUUCUAAUGUGGGAUGGACCUUUCAACAAUCUGUUGGCAGUUCAGGAGGUAUGUUAAUCAUAUGGGAUAAAUAUUUUGUCGAGAUAAACGAUUCACUUGUGGGAGAUUAUACCCUUUCUGUCUCCUGCACAAACAAAGCGGAUAACUUCAAGUGGAUGUUGACAAACGUUUACGGUCCAAAUAAUCCAGUGGAGAGGACUGAAUUCUGGGAGGAAUUAGACAAUGCUUGUAGAUUAUGGGAUUUACCUUCGUGCAUUGGGGUGGAUUUCAACACUAUCAAAAAGUGUGAUGAAAAAAAGAAUUGCACCAGGAUUACAAGAAGCAUGACUCAAUUCAAUCUUUUCAUUGAUCAACAUGAUCUAAUUGACCUCCCUCUUAAGGGUGCAAGAUACACUUGGUCAAAUGGACAAGCAAACCCUGUGAUGUGCAGACUUGAUAGAUUUCUCAUCUCCCCUUCAUUUGAAACCCAUUUUCUUUUCAACUCUCAACUAGCCAAAGCCAGACCUACUUCUGAUCAUAUUCAUAUUCUUCUUGAUAUUUCCGAUCCUAGUUGGGGCCCUAGUCCUUUUAGAUUUGAAGUAAUGUGGUUUUUGGAGAUAGGUUUCGUACAAUUGCUAGAAAAUUGGUGGUUGUCUUUUGAUUUUGCAGAAAACAUUUUAUCUGAGGAGGAAAUCAACAAUUUGCUAUCCUUGAAGACUGAAUUCGAAAAAACAACACACAUUGAUGAGGUCUCUUGGAAGAUUAAAUCAAAAACUAAGUGGCUGCAAGAAGGUGAUAGAAACACUCAUUUUUUUAUGAGGAAGGCUUCAGCAAGAAGGAGACACAAUAAAAUCAAACAGCUUUACAUCAAUGGUAUGUUGGUGGAUGACAAGAAGAUUCUCCAGGAGCAUAUUGUGGAGUACUACAACACUUUAUUCACUAGAGAAGAGGUAAUUAGACCUGAUCUUGAAAAUAUUACUUUUGAUAAAAUAAAUUUCCAGGAAAGUGAUAUUUUAGAAGCUGACUUCACUGAAGAAGAAGUAAUGAAUGCUAUCCAAGAAUUGGGAAAUAACAAAGCUCCAGGUCCAGAUGGUUUCCCAAUCAUCUUUUUUUAG